AUGCGGCUUAUCGCGACGCGGCUGCAAGGUCACGCGAGGCAGUGGUACGAGACUCGCUCGCAGGUCACGACCACUUGGGCGGAGACGAAAGUGCUUCUAGGGGCACAGUUCAGAAAGAGCGUCCCGUUCAAUCGACUCUUCAAGGAAGCCGCGCUUUACGAAGCGUCGCCGGGGCAGAGUCUAGGAGAUUAUUGCUUCCAGAAACUAAUAAAAUUACGAAAGCUCGACAUCACCAUUCCAGAGUUCCUGGUAGACAUGGUGAUCGGAGGUAUUCCCGACGACAGCAUCGCUCGAACGGUGCGCUCGGCGCGACACGACGACGCCAACGAGUUGUACGCGUUCAUGAACACGUUGGGGAAUAUGCCGCAUCAACGGACCCAGUAA